AUGGCUUCAGCCACUUCAGCCGUCACUCUACUCUCAGGCCUUUAUGGUCUACAGCUCGAAUCUCCAACCGCCGAUGACGCCUCUAUUGACAGCGAACAGAAUGACCACGAUAAGAUUCAAAACUGGCCAUCAUUUACUUCCCUUCUUACUACAGUCGCAUCUUGUGGUUUGCGGCAAUAUAACCAAGGCCUGUUUCUCGAGGGCCUUCGCAUAUCUCGCCUCGGCGAGGGCCUCGAUUACAAAGUUGAUCUCUGUGAAGAUGCUACGAAAAAAGAGCUUGUCAUAGUGAAGCAUGUCAAACUGAUGCUGCCAGCGACAGAAAGCCGCGAAGAAGUCGAAUCACCAAUCAUCCGCCGUUUUCGGAAAGUGCAGACCGAGAUACGUAUCAUGGCUCAUCCACCUCUCUUAAAGUCCAAAUAUAUCUUGGAUCUUUUAGGGUAUGGCUGGGAAUACGCUGAACAAGCAUAUAUGUCGCCAUUCUUGGUUGUAGGGUAUGCUUGCCACGGAACCUUACGUGACUUCUUACGCCUGACUACGCGCCAAGACGUUGCUCAAAAACAGGACCUGACCGAAGAUAUUGCUCAGGGACUUUACGCGCUACAUCACUGUGAGAUCGUUCAUGGAGAUGUCAAGAUGGAGAAUGUUCUGGUCUGUGAGCAUGAGCCAGGAACGAUUUGUGCUAAAAUCGCCGACUUCGGUUCUUCAAUAAUAGGGGCAGCAAAGUCUAGUAAGAUAGAGUACUACGGUACCGCAGAGUACCAUGCUCCAGAGCUCCGUGUCUCCACGACUUUGAAGGGCGACGAGGCAAGAAGCAGCGCGCUUGAUAGAGCGUAUUCGCUAGAUGUGUAUGCGUACGGCUUACUGAUAUGGGAGAUUCUGCUUGAUGGAGCGAGAUUCUUUCAUAGACCUGGUGUACACUUAGCGAUUAAGAGGAGAGAUUACGACGUUGUGCGCGAACUCGCGUUAAAAGAUUGUUAUUCCACUGUGGCCGGACGGGUUGAAGUGACAAUUUUCAACAAAUUGAUCGAAAAUAUUUUACAAGUUGAUACAGACUAUCGGUGGAAUACGUUGUCGAUCUUGAAGAACAUCAGAAAGUUGGAGAAUGAGAGUACCCCAGGACAGACGAUCGUUUUCUCACCUCUCCAACCAUUUAAAGCGCUCCCGAGCGGGCUUGACUUGGAUGACUCCCCCAUAGAGAUUUUGGACUUGCUUCAAACUGGGGAGAUUCUUGACAAUAAUGGCAGUAGUGAGAAGCUGAGACUUCCACCGUGGGAUUUGCAAAAGGCCAUUGCGUCUGGGUUGAUGCAGCAAGUCACCUACAAAUCUUCGAAAAUAGUAGGCAAGAGUGCUCUCCAUCUAGCUGUGUGUUACUUUCUCGGCUUUGGGGUAGAACGCGAUAUUGAUCAAAUGUUACAUUGCAUGAGAAUGGCAGCUGAAGCUGGCGUGAUGUGCGCAUGCAGCGUUGUUGAAAGACUUCAUGCAAGCUUUUCUCGUCCCUACAGUCUCGAUUUCGAAGCGAUACAAGAUUCCUACUGGAAAGAGCAAGCAUCCAUCGUGACAGAAGCACUGGACGCUGUUGAGCACGAGAAGCGAGCCAUCAUUGCUCUAGACGCUCUUGGUGAUGCAGAUGAUCAGGAGCAAAUAUCCAUUGUUAUUAAAUCUAUGAAAGCAGAAAGUUAUACGACACCCUGGCACGCCAUUGACAUGGUCUCUCAAAGACGCGUAUUAACUGGCAUGGCCUCGCAACCUGCUCUAGGAAUCCAUCAUCUCGCAUAUCUUGGUAUGGUCGAUGAAUUGGCUGUUCAGCUCGAAAGUGGUACCAAAGAUUACGAAGAUGAAGAAGGGCGCACAGCAAUUUAUAUGGCCUGCUGGGGAGGCCAUUUGAAUGCUAUCAAGGCCCUGUUGUCUCAUGGUAGUGAUGCGAGUAUUGCGGAUAGUGAUGGCUAUACACCUCUGCACUUUCUUGUCAUGCUUCCGGAAUCUGAUGUUGAAGAAGCAGUCCAGCUCAUUAUGAGUUCAAUAGCGAAUGUCGAUAUUAACGCAUUUACAUCUGAACCACUGGUUUUUCCCGAGGGGUGGAUGGAGAUUGUAGGAGCACCAAUCCAUUGGGCGGUUGCCUCUCACAACAUUUCAAUGAUCCGAGCUCUGCUGAACCAUGGAGCGGAUAUAUUGACGUGGGAGACUGGAAACUCCCCCAUUCAUUUGGCUGCCUCGCUACAUUACCACGAUGUUUUGGAACUUCUGCUCGAUAAAGAGAACGGGUUCUCUGUCAAUUUAGUGAAACACAUGGAAUCUCCCUUGUUCUGUCUAGAUACAAGCGAUCCCGUCUGGCGAACAGUAAUCCACGGCAAAAGCUGGAAAGAAGCAAUUUCCCACACGAUUGAUGUUCUGGCUCAACACUGGGAUAUUAAUGAGCUUCUAGAACCUGAAAUGGGCUUCACUCCUCUGACUCAGAUCUCUUCGCAUAAUAAAAGCGAAGUUGAUGUUGAAAUCGCAGCAUAUCUUCUGAAAAAAGGCAAUCCAGAAACUCGCCCAAGGAUUUUCAGCGCCUUGCAAUUUGGGAUCAUUGGUUUGCGAGACGCACAUCUGUCAUCUCAUGCCAAAAUUGUGCAUCUGAUGCUUGAUGCUGGCUGUUCGUCUAGGACCGAAAGUAGUGCUUCUCAAUAUACCGAUACUAGGUUUAAGCCAGGCUGGAACUCUCUUCAUUGGGCGAUCAAUCAAGGCAAUGUUUCGGUCUGCCGGCACAUCCUCCAACGAGAACCAGAUCUAGUCCACGUCCCGACCAACGAUGAGUUCGGAGAUUCACCUCUUCAUUUAGCGACAAGUAGCGGCACUCCUGAACUCAUAGAUCUUCUUCUUGAUUGCGGCGCAGAUCCUGCUGCAGAAUCGAAGAAGUCCAGCCUCACAGUUCUGGGGUUCUAUUUGAGCGACCAACGUACAGAGCCGAAUAUGUCAAUCUUGGGAAAACUUCUCCAAAUCAGUGAACCCAACAACUACAUUGCGUUCAGUAGAGAACAAGAGCGAUGGACAUUUCUUCAUUAUCUCAGCGUUCGCGCCUCGCUACUCAAUUUAGAAGGCGUCCAAGGGCAAUGGCUUCUACAGAAAGUGCUGAGCGAAUAUCCUUACAUUAAAGUACUACUCGACACACGAACAAAGUUUGGAUGGACAGCUUUGCAUCUUGCAGCAUACAAUGUUGGCUAUUCCACAGCCCGUAUCUUACUUGAAGCUAGCGCAGAUCCACUUCUCGAAACACCGGGCAAUAGUGCGCGAGCAUUGGAUAUCGUGAUGGAAAGAGGCCGACACUCACCUCCUGAGAGUGUUCGAGGAUCAAGAUCUUCAAUUGAGGCCCGCUGGCUUGACCUGGCGUACAAGACAAUGAAGAUUUUGUUGAAGUAUAUGGAGAAAAAUGAUAUGUUCUUUGAAUUGUCAAAAUUGCAUCUGGCGGCUUAUAUAGGAUAUCACAAGAAGGUAAUACGAUUGAUAGAGAAGGGAGCAGAUCCAAAGGCAAAAGCAGAUGGAAUGACACCAGCGGAGUUGUUGAGGUCUUCUCUUGGCGGGAGGGUAGACGAGAAGUUCCAGAGAAGAGCAACGCGUGUUUUGGAGUAUCUUGAUGGCCUUUAA